GCGGAUGACCGGACCAAGAUGGCGGCCGCAUUUCUCGACAGCGCCCAUUCAUGGUAGCGGCCGAUGCGGGGUCUAUCUUUUAUUAUGUCUAUGGUGGCCACUUGGCGCCACUGUGAGCUGACACCAGAGAAGAAGAAGCACUUACCCGGAUGAACAGUACAUAAGACAGGAAAAGGCCCUUGAUCAGUCUUUCCGUGAGGAGCUAACCACGUUGAUAGCUUGGUAGCAGUCGUUCCUGGCUCACCGCUGUUCGUUUAAGAUUUUCCCGAAUAAGUCGGCCAGGAAUAAUCACAAUGGUAUGUGUUUUUAAAUUGUAAUUUAUGUUCCCGUCCUGGGCAUAUUUUUACGGUGUGUCCUUGGUCUAAAAAGUGAGUUUAACGCGGUAAAAUCCCGGCAUGCUAUUUGCUAACGCUAACAAGCUGUCUUGUUUCGCAAACAGAAUUAUUGUGUCAUGUUGUCAUGGUCGGUGAAUGAGGUUGUGGGGGAAAUAUGAUGCAAAGAGAUCUCACUCUAAGAGCAAAGCUUAGAGUGAGAUUUCCUUGGGGGGGGGGGGGGGUUAUGAGUUUAUAUGCCAUGAGGUGUUGAGGUCUCUGCAUGUGUAGGUCACUGAGUUACUGUAAUCAUCGGGUCUUUCUCGUCCUUAUGAAACCUGCUCUAUUACGGCGAGUGUCUGUCUUCUUCUGUAGUCAAACCGCAAGAUAUCAAAAUACCCGGAUACAGCAAUGCUGUUUUUUAAUUUGCUGUUCAGUAGAUAUACUUUAUUUGAUUGGCUUGCGCGUGGCACGCAGCUUCUGAACUCUCGGAGGAACUCAGUUGAUUUCUACCUGUUCCAUAGUUAAAGAGGUGCAACUUGGUGGACAUCACCAUGGUCAUUUAAGUGCGUGAGAAAUACAAUGUGUGGCGUGUGAACGGGUGGGAAAGCGUGUGUCACAUGCUGAAUGCGUGAGACUUGAGAGCCCUGAACUCUAAUCUGCAUCUCAUUGCGUAACUGGUAUAUCAUCAACUUUAAAGAGCUCCAAAAUCAGUUUUACAAACCAUUUUUAGAAAACCAUUAGGGAUCAGGCUUUUCAUUUUGAGUAUUGUUCCAUAACUUCUCCCCAACAAUAGACACGCACCUCCUUUUUUUUAAAUGUUGUAACUCCUCAAUCAUUAUAGUGACCCUCAUGAACUGCCUGGAAGUGACUGUGAUUUGGCUCCAUCAUAAUUUGCAUUAUUUUGUGUUAAAAUAUGUCAUUAAAUUUUAUUACAUUGGACUUUAGACAGUGGGUUUGUGUGAGCAGAAAAAUCAGUCUUACUGACGUGUGGCUUUUUUUUUCAUCUUUUAUAAUUGUCUACAGUCAAGUUGGAGGUCUUUUAAAAUAUUAAAUCCAUUUUGGAUCACGUCAAAAGACCUGUGAUUUGGCUGUUUUGACAGGCACGUUGGAAAAUUUCAGUUAACACUCAGUUUGUAAAGCAAAAUUAUAUCCUAAAUAAGUUAUUAUAAUUCAUUUGUAUGGUACCCUUCUAAAAACAAGAGGUUUCCAAAGUUUUGUGUUUCAAAGUUCUCUGGGUUGAUUUUAUUAGUUUUCAAAUCUCUGUUUUACACCUGCAGGCUUUCAAGGACACAGGCAAGGCACCCGUUGAGACCGAGGUCGCCAUCCACCGUAUCCGCAUUACCCUCACCAGCCGUAACGUCAAGUCUCUGGAGAAGGGUGAGUCCACUUUGAGUGGUUUGAGUUGAAGCUGAAGCAGACCUGAGCUAUGAGGAUAUAAUUAAUAUCCGAAGAACCCUGACGACUGUAUACGCUAUUCUGAGCCAUGGUUUUAACACCAUCAGCUGAAUGUUUCUGUCAGAUCUUCGUGCUGAAGUUUUCUGUUUUCUCAGUGUGCGCAGACUUGAUUCGUGGGGCCAAGGAGAAGAACCUGAAGGUGAAGGGACCUGUCCGCAUGCCAACCAAGGUACUGGAGUACACAGAUGCAGAGACCAGCACUAAAAUCUGAGGCAGUUGCAACCUUUAACAUAACACCACCACGUUCUUUUACAUUGGUCCCACUGAAGUCUGUCCUCUACUGUCUCUCUGCAGACUCUGCGUAUCACCACCAGGAAGACCCCUUGUGGUGAAGGAUCCAAAACCUGGGAUCGCUUCCAGAUGAGGAUCCACAAGCGCCUGAUUGAUCUGCACAGCCCGUCUGAGAUUGUCAAGCAGAUCACCUCCAUCAGCAUCGAGCCCGGUGUGGAGGUUGAGGUGACCAUCGCAGAUGCAUAGCUGAUGCAGAUUUUCAAUAAAGAAACUGAAACUGAGCCCUGUCUUUUUUUUGUUUGUUUGUUUGUUUUGACAUCACCCUAUUAAAAUAAUGACCCAUGUCAUUUUUUGACGACAAAAAGUUUUUGGCCUAAAUCCUAUCUUGGUAAUGCAUUAUCAAUUUUAAAAGGAGGAUGACAUUUUACAUCUAAAAGGCUUUAUCUGGGACCGGGAUCUUUUUUUUUUUUUCUUGUACCUAUUGGCAAAUCACUUAUUUGAGCGCAACAUGAGUAACAUUAAAGUCCUGUCAUUACACAUCCAACUCAGAUUAAGUUUAGUGAUAUUUCUGUCAGCAUAAUUCACAAAAGAAACUAUCGUAUUCACGUGUGAAAAUUAAAAUGCAUCAAGCUUGGUUUUGGUUGUAAUUCUAAUAACUUGAGCAAAUAUUGUUUGACUAUUAGAAGUCCAGUAACUCCUCAACUUAAUAUUUUUUAAAAUUUCUCAAAAGUAAAAUGCAAAUAUGUCCAACUUCUGAGAAGUAUUUAUGCAAUAAAUACACUCCUCAAAAGAAAUGAAGGAAACCUGUAAUAAAGGGGACCUGCCGUCAAAAUUUCA